AUGUCUGAGCGCAAAGAGGAGCAGGCUAAGGGCAAGCGCCAAAGUAUUCCUCUGGAUGUCAAGAUUCAAGUACUGGACCGCCUGGAUAAAGGAGAGCGCCAGGUGGAUAUCGGGGCAGAUCUACAUUUGCCUAGCUCCACUAUCCGCACUAUCCUCAAAAACAAGGAUAAGGUUCGCACUUCAGCGACGACCAGCACUGCUUCUUCAGCCAAGAAGAUCGCCCGCUGCAGGUCCUACACUCUUGAGGAGAUGGAGAAGAGGCUUUCCAUAUCGAUAGAUGAUGAGCUGGAGCGUAACAUGCCUCUCAGCCAGGCCAUCUUGAUGGAGAAGGCGAAGAGCAUUUACGCUCACAUACAGAGUCAAGAUCCAGAUGUGAUGGAGAGUUUUGCAGCAAGUAGAGGUUGGUUUGACCACUUUAAGAAAAGGUACAACCUCUACAACCUUAAGAUCACCGGUGAAGCGGCAAGUGCGGACACUGGAGCUGCUGGAGCCUUUCCAGCCUCUUUAAAGUACGUGGUGGAUAGAGGGAGCUAUCCACCGGAUGUUGUCUUCCAUGUGGAUGAGACCGGGCUCUUCUGGAAGCGGAUGCCAAGCCGCACGUUCAUCUCCAGGGAGCAGAAGAGAGCACCAGGCUUUAAAGCGGUGAAAUACAGGCUGACCCUUCUUUUGGGUGGGAAUGCCAGCGGUGACUUCCAUAUAAAGCCAUUGCUGGUGUACCACUACCAGACACCGAGGGCAAUGAGGGGCAUUAGCAAGUCCAGCUUGCCAGUCAUUUGGAAGGCAAACAGGAAGGCAUGGAUCACCAGGGAUAUUUUUACAGAGUGGUUCACUGACCAUUUCUGCCCUUCCGUGCAGUGUUAUUGUUGGCACAAGGGACUGGAGGAGAAAGUGCUGCUCAUCAUGGACAAUACGCCGAGCCAUCCAACUAACUGGGCUGAGCUGCCCACCUGCAUUCCUGUGGAGGUCCUGUUCCUACCGCCCAACACAAUGUUGCUUAUCCAGCCUAUGGACCAGGGGGUGAUUGCUACCUUCAAGGCCUACUAUCAGCUGAUUGAACACACAGACCGUGAGAACAAGCAGUCAAUGUUGGACUUCUGGAAGCAGUACCACAUCAUGAAGGCUGUCUCCAACAUUGAUCUUUCCUGGAAGGAGAUGACACAGCUGUGCCUCAAGGCUGUGUGGAAAAAGAUCUGGCCAGAGCUGUGUGAGGAUGUGCAACUACCAGAGGCUGAGCAGGGCACACAGAAACCUCAGGACACCAGCGACUCGGACACGGAGCCUCCAAAAGAGGCUCCUAAACAGGGCAUUGCAUCAGGUCAAUGA